AUGUAUUUUAUAAACGUGUUGAAAGAGAACGUUGGCGAUAAACAUUCAGAUGAACUGAAAGGUGUAUAUAGAGAAGGCCAGAUAGCAGAGCUUAUCGUACAAGAAUAUGAAAAACGUCUACCACUCAGUAGAGUAAAUCAAAUGCUUGAUACAAAUCUUGGUCGUUUCAAAUUUUUAUCGUUUCAUAUUUUAGGUGGUUAUUUUUCCAUUCACAUUGGUCAUUACCAUAUUCUUGGAUGUGGCACGUGUAAACACACGUGUCAUCAAAUUUGUAAUGAAAAUCAAACAACAUGA